CGACCCACUAGCAUCAGAGUUAACAGGGCGCUGAAGCACACCCUAGUGCGCUGCACAUAACUGGCCUGGGCUGCUCUGCUGGAAAUAACCUCCCAGCAUUGCGCCGUCCCGGCGACGUCUUACACAUCCACUCACCUUUCCGCGCUGCCUUGACGUCGCCUUCAAGCGCAGCGACCAUGUCCUCAACCCCCUUUCAACCUCAAUCUUUAUUCCCAUCGCUAUCCCCCGACCGAGGCGACGAACCAAGUGGUCACAAUGCGCCUUUCUUGGACGCAGCGGCUGCGAUAGCCGCAACCGAGGCCGUGAACAAGCGCAAUGUUCUCGAAAACUCGGCCAUCCACCUCAGCUCUGACCUGCCUCACGCUUCAGGUUCCACGACAUCCGCGAGCCCUUUCCAGUUCCGUUCCUAUACCACUGCUCCGUCGCCACCCGUGCCGGCUCUCGGACCCCGCCUUGAUUCGCCGUCUGCAGUGAUCCGCGACCCGGCCGAGGAUUCAACCAGCUUCACACAGUCACCCGUUUCUCUCACCUACGACGACGAACGCGCUCAGCACCCACCGGAAGACGUGCAUCCAGUUUUACCGCAGAUUUCGCCACCAGCAUACGGCUAUUCCACACCCCACAAACCAGUAAGGCGCCCGGCGCUUUCUCUGCAACACAAGUCUUCUGUUCAGUCCCUGUUGCCGAUCUCGAGGACCCCAAGCCUCAAGACCGGCAGCAUCCACGGCGUCUUCGGCUCCGGCUCGGCUGCCAGCUCCACUGUCCCGAGUCCCAUUAUCUCCGCCAUGGGCGACGUCACUCCUCUUCCUUCUCCCUUGUUAGCAAGCGACUCGCCGGGUCCGUGGAAACAGAUGGGUAGGCGAACGUCCGGGGAGACAGCAGUCUCCAACGGUGCAUCAGCCCAGACCGAGCCGGGCGGUUCUACGACGCACCCAACAAGCACGAAGAAGCCGUACGCGGGAAUAUCAUCAUGGCCGUCUGCCGCCAACGACAUGAGAAGACACCCAGAUGCCAGACUUGCCGAGCCGCAAAUACGCCACACGAGGAAUCGAAGCACCAGCGAGUACAUCCCGGACCCGAUAUCGGUACCUAAGAGGAUGUUAACCGUGUCCGGCACCCGUGUCAAGACCGACAUGCAGAACGCGGCCGAGGGGCAUAUGCGCCGGGAGCCCCACCUCUCCGAAGCGAGGGGCUUGACGCCGAUCGAGAAGCCGCCAACCCCACCCCCAAGCGAGUCGUCACUAAGUACGACUGAUUUAAGCUUGACCAUGAGCUCUGGGUCCAGUACCCGCAGCAAACAGUCGCGAGCCGAAUACUUCGAGGCCUAUGGUCGCUACGACAAAACGCGUCGGCGUUGGCGGGCCGUGAGGGUGCUCGGCCAGGGCACCUUCAGCCAAGUCUAUCUGGCGACGAGCCACACAUCUUUCUCAUACUCAGACGGUGAGGAACGCAGCCCGCGCGGUCGCCUGCAUACUCCGGAGCCAUACGAACGCCGGUCGUUGGUUGCCGUCAAGAUCUGUGAGCACGGUCCUCGAGGAGGUGCAUCCGAGGACCGCAUCGAGAUGAGCCUUAAGCGUGAGCUCGAGAUCAUGAAGAGCAUACGGCAUCCCUCGCUGGUGCACCUCAAAGCCUGGAGCAUCGAACCGACCCGGGCCAUCCUUGUGCUCAGCUACUACCCUGGCGGAGAUCUGUUCGAUGUCGCCACCCGGCAUCGCGACGCCCUUACACCCGGCCUCAUACGUCGCAUAUUUGCCGAACUAGUUGGCGCGAUCACCUAUCUGCACGACCAAAAGAUCGUCCACCGAGACAUCAAACUCGAGAACGUCUUAGUCAACCUUCCCGCAUCCGAACUCACAUCAAAAACAACAACCAACUGGACAACCUAUCCCUUUUCCGUCAUCACUCUCACCGACCUGGGUCUGUCCCGCCGCAUUGCCGACGACGAGAAGCUCGAGACCCGCUGCGGCUCAGACGACUAUGCCGCCCCCGAAGUCAUCAUGGGUCAACCCUACGACGGCCGCGCCACCGACGCCUGGUCGCUGGGCGUUCUGCUCUACGCGCUGCUCGAAGCCCGGCUCCCGUUCGACCCGCCACCCUGCGGACCCGCCGGUCUGGACCAUGCCAUGCAGAUGCGCAUGCGCAGCCGAACGAGCCAUCGCAUCGCGCGGGUGGAGUGGCGGUGGUUUGAGUAUGGCGUGAGCGAAGGGGAAGAAGGAGAGGGCGAUCACGAGGCGGAUGUGGGCAAGUUUGAGGCCAAGGGGUUGACGGGGGCGAUGGAGGUUGUUGAGGGGCUGUUGAAGCGCGCGAGGAGUCGUUGGCCUCUGGCCAAGGUCGCCGAGACCGAGUGGGUUAGUGGCGGGAUACGCGUGGAAGGGGGGAUCAAAUUCAGGGAGGAGGAAGAGGGCGAGGAAGUCCUAUGAGCUUCCUAUUGAUGACCUCUCAGUUGGGAGACCAGAAAGAGGGUUUUGGUGCGUUGCAAUGGAGUAAUGACAACUGGGAGCUGCCUGGGGUUAAUGGGAUUCACGGGGGUUUUAGACGGAGGGUAACGGUGGUUUACCUUGAUCAGAUCGGCCAGGGAGGUUUUUCUUCUGCUGCGGCCAUAAUUUGGGCGGGCAAGGCUGGACCGGAGAGAAAAUGUCCCCAUCAGUUACCUAUUCUUUCUCU